ACUGCACUGCGGACGGACAUCACCCUUGACCCCAAACGCUUGGCUGUGAUUGGUGGUUCUCACGGGGGCUUCCUAUCUUGUCAUCUGAUUGGUCAGUACCCAGAGUUCUACAGAGCGUGUGCGGCCAGGAACCCCGUCAUUAAUGCCGCUACUUUAUUGGGUACAAGUGACAUAGUAGACUGGCGUUACACCAGUGUGGGGUUUCAGUACUCAUAUGACCAGAUACCCACUGCUGAAGCCCUGGCUGCUAUGUUAGAGAAGUCCCCCAUCACACAUGCUGCUCAGGUCAAGGCUCCAGUGCUGCUGAUGCUGGGGGGCAAAGACAGGAGAGUGUCUCCUCACCAGGGUCUGGAGUUCUAUAAAGCACUGAAGAGCAGAGCUUUACCUGUCAGAUUGUUGUGGUUUCCAGAAGAUGGACAUUCUCUGUCCAGAGUGGACACACAGGCCGACUGUUUCCUCAACACAGUACUGUGGCUGCACCAGCAUCUCUGAACACGCGCACGCACACACACACACACACACACACACACACACACACACACACACACACACACACACACACACACACCAUGAUCAUCCACAUAAAAGAGGACAAAUUAUUUUACUAUCACAGCAGUUGACAAUCUUAAACACAUUUAUACCUUUUUAACGCAUUCUCUAUGUUACAGACUACCUAAUUUUGUAAAAGCAUUUCCAAAUCGAAGCAUGUAAUAAAGAAAUUCUCACAAACCUG